CGUUCGCACGUACCGAGCAUAAAUUCCAAGUGAAAUAAAAGAGCCGGAACGAACCAAAAAAAAUAAAAAACAAGAAAAACGUUACCUUUUAAAGCACAAAAAAAAACCCAGAACGCUUGAAAGUGGGGCGCAAAAUGGUGAAAAUCGUUAACCAACACUGUGAUCUAGGCCUGGUCCUACUCCUCGCCUGGACAUGGCUAACAAGGCUGGUGGUUUCGGCCCACCUGCCCCUCGAAGUGCCCACCCCAUCCCGCCUGGCCGCCGAAAGGGAGGAGCAGCAGUUGUCCCUGCAGAAUGUGGGUCUCAGCUACCAGAGCAUCCAUCGAAUGUUGAGGGACGAAAAUGAACCGGCCAGCUUUCGGGGGGAAUUGCGAUACCAACAGAGGCGCCACAAAAGGGAGCUGGAACUGAAUGCUCCAGCGAACAAGCUAAAUCUCACCCACCGCGACUUGAGAACCUUUAAUAGCACUAAUGGUCAGUGGAAGGGCGACUUCCAGGUGAUCACCGCCAUGGAUCUAAGUAGCAAUCGACUCGAAAGCCUUAGUUUGGACAACUUCAAUCAGCUGAGGCAACUGGAUUUGGGCAAUAAUUCCCUGGAGGUUAUACCCCUGAGCUUAGCGGAUACCAAUAAAUCACUUCCCCUCGUAACACUCGAUCUUUCCUGCAACAACUUCAGCCACAUUUCCACGAGCUUCUUUGCACAACGAUUACCUGAGCUGAAAAAUCUCAACUUGGCUCACAAUCAAUUGAUAAACAUUUCGCAAAAAUCGUUCUAUAAUUUGGUAGAGCUACAAACUUUGAUUCUCAGUCAUAACAACAUCUCGGACAUAGACUACGAAACAUUUCUGGCUCUUCCGAAUCUGCAACAUUUGGAUUUGUCCCAUAACCGCUUGAGUGGUUCUGCCAUACGAGCUCUGCAGGGAAUUCCGGAUCUGGUCAGCCUUUCGAUUGCCUACAAUCCGGAAGUGGGAGUGGCCAUGCAAGAGUUCGUAGCCUCAUGGAGUCUCAAGGAGUUGGAUGCCAGCGGUACGGGAUUGUGCCAAGUUCCCGCAGCUCUGGCCCAAUCUGUGAGGACUCUCAAGUUGGCCGACAACUGGCUCAAGGCAAUCAAUUGCGGCGACAUGGACAGCUAUCCCCUGCUGCAGUACCUUGAUCUCUCGCAAUCUCGAAUUGCCCAAGUGGAGGACGAUGCCUUGGGGCGAUUGGAGCUCCUCGAAUCCCUGUUCCUGGAUCACAAUCUCCUAAUGCGAGUGCCCAGUAGCCUGCCGCCCUCGCUGGAGCACCUAUUCCUGCAGCACAAUCAGAUAAUGGAGCUACCGCCUCAGGUUUUCGUAGGCCUGGUCAAUUUGCAGACAUUGGAUUUAUCCAACAAUCGUUUGAUCUUUCUGCCCGCCCUUUCGCUGCCCAAGCUGCUUACCCUGAAUCUGCAAUCUUCAGGCGUGGAGAGCGUUAGCCAAUCAAUAGUGCACACACUGCCCCAGUUGAGGGAUCUCCUACUGGAGGACAAUCCUAUCAAAUGCAGCGAUUUGCUGGGAAUUGCUGAGUGGGCCAGUCCUUGCAGGUCAGAGGAUGUGGGUCAGCCGAAUGGGAUGAUUGUCAGUGGGCGGGUGGAUCUGAAGACGGAGUAUCUGCAGUUCCACAAUUUUCACGAGAACUUCAGCAGGCGAGGGGAGUGCGGCAAAAGGAAACCGGAAGAUGACACAAAGCCACCUUCUUGCAGCCUUACAAGUGCAGUAGAGACACUAACAACAACGCCGAAAACUAUGUCAAAAGUUAAAAAGUCAAAGGGAGCAGACACGGCAGCAACAGCAGAAAAAACAGCAGCAACACACACGACAGAAACAGCAGCGACAUCAGCAGCAGCAAUCCCAACAGCAACAGCAGCCAACCCAACAGCAACACCAGGCAACCCAACAGCAACAUCAGCAAUGCAAUCAGCUGGCAACAGCGUUGCCCAGUUAACCACAAAAACUUUGCGGCCAACAGAAACAACUUCGUUAGAGGAACUGCAGCAGCGGCAACAAAUGCCUGGCAUGCCGGCCAAAACAACAGCAAUGCCAGCAAAGAACCUGCCAAGUUUUAACCAGACAAAGGCAACAACAGCGGCUCCCAUUUUGGCAACGCCAGCAGCAACAUCAGCAACUGCAGCAACAGCAACACCAACAGCAGCAACAACAGCAAUAAAUUCCUACAAGCCAGCGAACAUUAGCGGUGCCACAAAAACAGCAGCAACAUCAGCUGAACAACCAGCAAUUGAAGUGCCACAAACAAUUUUGGCUGGCAAAAAAUCUGACAAAAUGCCAAGCGAUAAGGCACAGGAGACUUUAUUAAAAUACCCACCACCGACGACACCGGGGGACAACACAUCCGGUCAAGUGGCAACACCGAAGCACAAACAUGCAACACUGCAGCUGCACGUUAAGGAUCGACAUCUAAUUGGCACACCGCUGCUGAUGCACAAGGGCGAUGUCCUUUUGGUGGACGCCGAGCAGUUGUUGCUACCCGGAACGGCCACCGUGGCGGAUGCGGAUGCGGAAGUCUUGGACUCCAGCCAACAUCAUCUGUCAGCAGAUCAGGAAAGGCACCAGUCAGCGGCUGAGGAAGCUAUAAACGGCGACUCCAAGUCUCCUUCGAAAAGCCACAAAAAGAAGCCAUCCCUGAGCAUCAAGAAGAUGACCUACAGCACCAAACAUGCCGUAAAAAAGGUUGAGGAACUGGGAGCCACCUUGAAUCCACCGCCUCCACAGCAUCAACAUAGCAGUGUCAACACGCCAAGGGAGGCCUCUCCGGAGGAACUCAGCACCUUUGCCCAGCUAAAAGCCUAUGUGGAACUGAAAAGUGAAUCGAAACCAGAACAUCUGAUGGAUCAAAGGGAGGAGAGCCUUCACAAUCUCACGGAAAAUCAUCCUGGUGUCAUGUUGCUGGUGGCCUGCGUGUUAUUCAUUGUAUUACUAGCAGGUUUGGCUCAUGUCUAUCGCUGUGAAUUGCCCUGGCAGAGGAGCAAUCGCUCUGGGCAACUAAGACCGCACCAUCAGAGGCAUCUUAAUGAUACCGACGAUGCCCACAGCUUCCUGCACUAUCAGGGAUCCGUGAAUUCUUCAGGAGAUCCGGCUCGCCUGCAAAAGUGGCAUCACAGCACCCGGAGAGAGGCUCCUUAUAGCUCCCCGCUGCACAAUCUCCAAGCUCGUGAGCUGCAACAACAGCGAUGCCAGCAAUUCUACAGCUCAUCACUGGCAGACAAGAGCUCCUCCACCACCACAUCCUCCGCUUCCUCGUCGGGCAGCAGUCGCAGUAGCCUGCAUUCGCCCAGCAGAGAUGACAGCUACUAUAUAGAGAUGGCGCCCAGUAGUCCAACUGCGUCCACCCUGCCCAGUUUGCCCAUGGAACUGUUGGGCAGCAGGAGUAGUAAUCUCGGAAUCCGUACAGAUCGAGUGGCUGCCACCGAUCUGGGCGGCACCACAGCAGCGGUACCUUCUUCGGCGGCCGCCAUCAAGUCGGUGAGCAGCAGACUGAUGGCCCCCAGUUCGCGGAGGCUGGGCAUCUGGUGACAAACCGUCUUUGGCCAGCGACAAUACGCGCCCUUUCAGUAGAGUAAAAAUGUAAGAUUUAAUGGCGCCCAACCGACAAUCGUCAGCUGCCAACUACCAACCCAAACGAGUCAAGAAGCUUAGAUAUACUUAAAAAAAUCAAUCAAAAUCAAAAGUUGUCAAGAUUUUAGUGUUCAAAAUAACUCAGAGUUCAUCAUAUUCAAUUAAAGAAUAUUGUUGUGGUUAUACAAUGUUGUAAACGAAAAGAUUAUAAAGCCCCUAAAGCCCUUAACAUAUUUUUCAAGGCAUUUCUUCUGAAGUCGGUUUGAACUUUAUGUACACAUCUUUCGGUUCGUAUGCUUUUCAAAAAGUUCGGCAACUUUACUGCUAAUGACUAUGAAAUACCAUUGAGGAUUAGUACUUUCGCCUAUUUUUAGUACUCUAAAAGGUUAAAAAUAGAACUUCUAAGGGAACUCCAAAAAGAAAAACAUAAAUGCCAGCAGCUUUAUGUCUAUAUAUAGAUUACUUUGAGUUCCUUGGCUCCCGGCUUGAUUUAUGAUGGCUCAGUGGCCACACGUUGCAGGCCUCUUAGCGAUUCGGUUAGCAGCAACAAUUUGUCAUAAAUUCCUGUUACGUAUACGCCGCAUGUAACCGGGCAAUGGCGGCAGGGCGACGAGCGUAGACAAGCGGCCAAGCCAAGUGGAGAAAUGGCCAAGGAGCCAAAUAGCCAACGCCAGCAAAGUUUUUACGAGCCAUCCGAACCGAAGUCGAUGUCCAUCUUGUGGCCGUAUUUGGGUCAGUUUACUGGCCAAGAGACCGCCGUGUGCGGCCCAGUUAACUUUAUAUAAGUGCCUGUCCGUUUGCCAAGAUUAAGUGUUUUGAUAGUCAUGCAUAUAAAAAUGAAAUAUCGAUCAAGUAUUAAAUAACAAUUUAGUUUAUGACAGACCCAAUUCAGUAAUCAGAAGUUGUGCCAGCAGAUGCUGAGCCAGGCGGAUAAAUCGAAGGAAAUUGGUCGAGCGUAAAUUUAAUAUGGUAGUGGACGCUGAGCAGGGACAUCAUUUCAUCCAUAUUGGGAAUUAUGUGUGACAAGAAAUUAGGAAAUAUAUGAUACUGAGACUAAUUUACUACAGAGUUUACUGCAGAUUUAUAGUAAGAUGUUAGGUGUACAUCUUUCUUAUUAAAUUUUCUCUUAACCUCACUUUCGAAUUCCCAACUUUCAAGCCUUAUCCUUCUUGUGUUUAUUACCCUUUAAGACUUCCUGUUCUCCUAAGUUCGAUGCUUGGCAGGAUCUUAACCCACUUUUCCGGCUGCUUCAGAUGCCAGAGUUUAAAUUGCAAUCUAAUUAAAGUUUCGCCUCUGUCCCUUCGACAAUUUCCACCCACUCUUUGGGAUGGCAGAAGUGUUUUUUGCUAUCUUCGCCGGCAUCUAGCAUUCUUCACCCCAUUUGAAGAUGCUGGGGGAAACUUUCCCUCAGAAUCAGCCCUGCACUUAACCUCAUUUUACAAAUUGACCAACACAACAUAUGGUGUAAAUCCAGCCAAAUGGCCAGACAUCUAAUCCGCCACGCCAAAAGUGAAAUGUUGUAAAACUAUUUGGGGGCUAUGUGGUGAGCAUGUAUCUAACGGACAUCAAAAUAAUGUGGCGCAAAUCAAAUUACAAGGCACGCGGCUGGAUCUUCAGGGGUGGCAAAAUGGUUAGGGGAAUGGCCAAAGGAACGUUGAACGAACAUAGAACACAACAAUUACAUUAAGACACGAUAAAAAGUUGUGCAACAAUCUUGCGACCCCAACCACUGAACUAAACCGAACUACGCCGAACUGAGCUGAACUGAAGAUGUGAACACACCACCUCCACCUCCACCUCCUUCCAAAAGGACGAACCACAGUCAUUGCACAGCUUUUUCAACUUUUUGUGGCUUUGUAAUUGGAAUACAAGAAGAAGGCGCGUGCACACAAGCGACAGCAACAGGAAACAGUCGGAGAAAGUGAAGUGGAGAGAGCUAUAUUCGGGUUAGAAAGCACUCAGAAAAAUAAUGAAUUCUUAUGGACUUAAAUACGUACACUAGAUCAAGAAAGUCAUUUACUUAGCUCAUGGAGUAAGUUAUCCUAACUGCAAAUUCAAAUCAAGAAUUUUUUCUUACCCAAAAUUUCAUUUAACUUUAAUCUUUAAGGAUGGUAUCUUAAAAAAAAGUUAUUAAAGUGUAAAGUUUAAUGCAUUAUACUUCAACAUAAAGUCAUACUAUCUUAAAAUUUACAUUUCAUUUUAUUUUUAAAUCAGUGGUCGAGCAGUGCAGCGGUAAAAUCGUUUCCUAUCCCGCGGGCCGCCUGCGCUGCUGCUGUUGACCACUGCUUAAGAUUUUCAAAUAUAUAAAAUAGACAGCGCAGAAAGGGUAUUUUUUACAACAUCCAGAUAUUUUAAAGUCGUCUUUUAAGUGUCUGAGCAAUCAACUUAAAGUAUGUUAAAAAGUUCGAUACCCAAUUUUGUCCAAGUGCAGAUAGACAAAACUUUGUUUGGGGGGGAGGUUGGAAGGCGUUCAAGCAGAGUCCGCUUAAGCAAUUCAGAAGGAUUUAUUUUCGGCCACAAAAGCGAAAUGCCCGACAAAGCGCUCCGAACAACAAUUAAAGUAAUGCUGACCAACAACCCACGCCCGGUUGGGUGGGAUUAGAUGAUGAUGGCCGAGAGCCGGCGGGGUGUCCUUCCGCCUCCUUGGUCCUUCUUCUUCGAGUGUUCGAGUGCUCGUCCGAUGCCAGGACGCACAAAAUCUUAAUUAAGGAACUUCCACUUCCCAAGUGGAAGCAAGUGUGGGGAAUUUUUUGAGCGUUUCGCAGGAGGUCCAGACCUUUUUAUAUGUCGGCCUGCCAGCACAGCACAAAAUUCGCCUACAAAAGAAACCCUGCGGCUUGAGUGACCCAGAGAGUCCGAAGUCCGGUUGGAUUUAGUCCUGGAGCAUUGUCAAAUUUAAUGAAGGUUUCCCUUUCUCGGACCUUUUGCUUAUGACACUGGCCAGCUGGCCAAAGAUUUAGGAAGUUUUCCAGCCGAGGAGAACCAACUGAAAUGAGUUAAUUCGAUAUUUGACACUUUCGGAGCUCGCAUUCCACACAAUCUCGGUAUGUGAUGGGUUCCAGAUCCAGAUCCAGAAGACCCUGGGCCUGGGGGCCCUCGGCUUUUGUCUCCCUGCGCAGUUAAUAAAGUUGGUCCGGGGCAGAACGUAAUUAUUUGCCUGCUAAAUGGCUUUUGGAGCGACAUUUCGGGUCCGUAAAUGGGGGCGAUUUAGAAAAUUAUGUGAAAAUAAGUUGCCUUUUGUUUGGCCAUUGGCCAUUGGGCAUUGGCCGUUGGCAGUUGGCGGUUGUUGGGAUCGUAAAUAACGUUCAUAAUUGGGCAGACUCGAAAAGUGGUCGACGGCGGUUGGGUGGAAGGCAAACAGAACUCGAAAUAAACAUCUCGGCCGUAUGGAUAGCAAACAAUAAUUAAACUUAAUUGCGCUGUACAUUGAAACGUCAAACUGUAAAUUAUAGUUAUUAACAUUUACUUGUAGCAAAGUUUACUUGAACUAACAUUUCAAUUCUGAAUAUUGCAUGUACAAUUUUCCAUAGAGUAUGUAUUUAAAAUUUACCAAAACAAAACAAGGAUUUAAAAGUAAAAUAGAACAAAGCGACACAGCCUGGAAAACACAAUUCGAGUAACGUUAAUAUUUGCAUUUAAUUUGAAAAUCAAAGUAAAAUGCGAUAAAAACCCACAAUAACAACAAAAACUAAUUGCCAAAUAUUUGACGUACAGUUUGUAGCGUUAGCCAUUAAAACCUUUAUAUGUACGGUUACAUAUAUAAAUAUAUAUUAUAUAGAAACAAAGAAAUGGCAAAAAACCAGAUACAUUCUAGCGUAAAGCCGAGCAAAUAAUUAUUAAACAAAUACUUCUAUUUACAAAACACAGCAAAUAUUUAGUUAAGCCAAAAUGACGCGCAGCAUUUUAAUUAAACAACAGAAAAUCGAGAGCUCUCAAAAACAGAUGCGUAUUGCAGAAAUUCCAAUAAGUAAAGGUAAACAAUAGUUGCAGCAUAAUUUUCCAUGUGUAAUUGUAAAUAGACAACUAAAACCAAAUGUGAAAAUACAGAAAAAAAAUGCUGGGGCAAACCAACCAGCAAACAAACAAAGAAUAUUCCACAAAAAAAUAUCUGCUGGAGGAGAAGUUCCAAAUAUAUAUUAAUGUUAGAUUUAGUGCUGCCAAAAUUGUAGCGUCAAGGGUUGAUAAAACAAACUAAAGAUUAUAUGUAUGAAGAUUAAAAAUAACAGUAGGAUUAAGUGAAAUGUAUUAUUGAUAUAGCAAAUAUGGAUAGCAAUUAAAAGUGUAAAGAUAACAUGGCAAACAUUUUAUGAAAUCUUCUCGAAAAACCAACACAAUUUUAAUGCAAACAAAAUAAAACCGAAAGAAAUGUGAAAAU